UCCAACUCUCUCUUGAAUACAUCCAGUGAAUUGGCGUCCACUGCCUUCUGUGGCAAAGAAUUCCACAGAUUCACAACUCUCUGGGUGAAAACGUUUAUGUGGUGUAUGUUGAGCAGUUCUGCUGGUGAGAAUAGAGGUUAAUGAUUGAAUGCUGAGAUGAGAACAUAGUGCAGACAGGCUACAGAAUAUCAAUGAAACGAGGGGAUGUCAGAUGAAAAUAUAAAUCCCCUGCUACUAUUCUGGGAAUGUGGAGGUGUUGUUCUCCUAUUAUUCACAUUGACAAUCAGGCAACUGAACCAUCCUACCAAUAAUUAGACAGCAGGUCUGGGCUACUAUCAAACUGAUUGGAGACCACCAGACUAUCUUUAAUCGGACGAUUAGAUCUUAGGACUAAAGGAUUCAAGGGAUAUGGGGAAAAAGUGGGAACUGAUUUUAGAUGAUCAUCCAUGAUCAUAUUGAUUGGCGGUGCUGGCUCGAACUGUCAAAUGGCCGACUCCUGCACCUUUGUUUCUAUGUUUGCUGGAUUUUUCCUUGCACUAAAACAAUAUGCACGUUAUUCCCUUCAUCAUGUAUCAUGUACAGUGCGGACAGCUCAAUGGUAAUCAUAUAUUUAUUGUCUUUCCGCUGACUGGUUAGCUCGCAACAAAAAGCUUUUCACUGUACCUCGGUACACGUGACAAUAGACUAAACUCAGACAUCAGUCCCUAACUGAGUAUUACCCAGUGGGUUUGUCAUCGUUGUGUGUGGGAUCUUGCUGUGUAUACUGGAGCUGUUCCAUUUCCUUGCAUUGUAAGAGUUAGUGCGACUCAGAUUGUGCCUGACCUUAGAAAUGCUCUGAAAUGGCCUGGGAUGGGGAAAGGCAUCUUAUGAAUCCUUUUUCUUGGUAUCUGAAAGUCAGGCAUGCUGCGCGCUUUAAAACUUGACGCAGUGGUAGAGUUACUGCCUCACAGCGCCAGAGACCCGGGUUCGAUCCUGACCACAGAGGUUGUACCUUCUCCCCGUGACCUGCAUGUGUUUUCUCCGGGUGCUCUGAUUUCCUCCCACACUCCAAAGACGUACAGUUUUGUAAGUUGAUUGGCUUCAGGAAAAUCAUGUAUUGCCCGCUGACUGGUUAGCAUCCAGCAAACGCUUGGUACAUAAGACAAUAAACUAAAUAAAAACAAAACUAAACUAAAUUAUAAAUUGUCCCCACUGUGUGUAGGAUGGUGUCAAUGUGCGGGGAUCGCUGGUCGGCACAGACUCGGUGGGCCGAAGGGCCUGUUUUUGCGCUGUAUUUCUAAAAGAAAAACUAAAAGCUGGUUAAAAUAAACUAAAAGUUGUUUGUUGUAUGCUUCUGGUUGGUAUUGUCGCUUAGUAAGACUCUGGAACAGCUGGAGUUGUUAGAUUAGUUUAUUGCCAGGUUAACGCUUUGUUAGGUGCGACCCAGUUAACGUAAAGACAAUGCCUGAUUACAGUUGAGCCACCAAGGCCUGUGUCAGGGUAUAUGUGGGGUUUAGUUUAGUUUAGUUUAGAGAUACAGUGCAGAAACAGGCCCUUCGGCCCAGCGUGUCUGCACCGACCAGCGAUCCCCGCACAUUAACACUAUCCUACACACACUAGGGACAAUUUUACAUUCAUUCCAAGCCAUUUCACCCACAAACAUAUACGUCUUUGGAGUGUGGGAGGAAACCGAAGAUCUCAGAGACAACCCACGCAGGUCACGGGGAGAACGUAGAAACUCCGUACAGACAGGGCCCGUAGUCAGGAUUGAACCGGGUCCCUGGCGCUGCACGCGCUGUAAGGCUGUGACUCUACCCGCUGUGCCACCGUGCCGUGGUGAAUAAAUAUCUAAUAUUCACCCAUUGCUCCUGCGUUCUGUUACUGCUGAUGCUGUAAACAAUGGAGAAACAAACCCCCAACAUUGACCCCCAGGAAAGCCUUGUAAAGCCUUUCAAAGGAAUCCAAGAUCAGCAGCACUAAUCCUCCUACCGACAUAUCAUUUGGCACCGCCCGGUACUGAAAGUCUGAUCUUUGUUGAAAGGUUACAUGUUUUUUAAAAUCAUUUAGUUUAGUUUAUUUGUUGUCCUGUGUAUUGAAGUGUAAUGAGAAGGUUUUUAGUCAGAGAGUGAUAUAGCGUGGAAACAGGCCCUUUGGCCCAACUUGCCCACACUGGCCAACAUGUCCCAGUUUGGUCCAUAUCCCAUCCAAACCUGUCCCAUAUCCCGUCAUGCGCAGGAUUUUGUUGUGUGCUACCCAUGUCAGGGGAAAGACAAUGCAUGGUUACAAUCCAGCCAUUCACAGUGUACUGGUACAGGAUAAAGGGAAUUAACAUGAAUAUCAAAGUUAAAGUCAGAAAUGUAGCUGUCGGAGCAGAGGUUUAAAAGAGUGGAGCGAUUGCCGUGCGUGAUUGCAGAUCCACUUCCUUGACCAGCACACAAAGAGUCGCUUGGGUUGGGCCCCAUCUGGGUCAGCAUUUGUCCUUUAAUCCUUGCUUGCCAGCGACGUAGCCUAGACCAUUGACCCAAAUGAAUCAUUGGACGUGGAGAGACACAAGAGAUUGCAGAUGCUGGAAUCUUGAGCGAAACACAAAGUGCUGGAGGAACUCAGUGGGUCGGGCAACAUAUGGCAAUGUUUCGGGUCGGGAUCCUUCUCCAGACUGAUUGGAAUACAGGGGGAGGGAGCUGGACAAGGGAGGUUGAGAUGGGGCAGACGCCUGAUAAGUGAUAGGUGGAUACAGCUGAGGAGGGCGUUUGGCAAGUAGAUGGAGGAAGUGGCAAAGGAGACAAAAGGAUGUCAGAUAAGGUGGAGAAUGUUGGAAAUAUUUUCUGUUUUUGCGUUAGAUUUACACCAACUAAUGAUUUUUUUUUUACUUUGCAUCAGGUAUAAAUACUUCUCAAUGACAUAGCCUGACCAGUUUAAAGAAGCUUCUUACACAACUUGGAAUAAAAAUCAAUAAUUAUAAACCUAAUGUCUUUUCGAGUACUAGUCCUAUUAAAGGUGAGGAGCUCAUUAUAUCCUUGCAGAAAGGCACCAAUAGUGAAUAUACAAUAGACAAUAGGUGCAGGAGUAGGCCAUUCGGCCCUUCGAGCCAGCACCACCAUUCAAUAUGAUCAUGGCUGAUCAUCCCCAAUCAGUACCCCGUCCCUGCCUUCUCCCCAUAUCCCCUGACUACACUAUCUUUGAGAGCCCUAUCUAGCUGAUAAGUGAUUGGUGGUUACUUAAGAUGAACAAAGGGUCUGAUUAAUUUGCUCUCAGGCCUCUGAGUUCCUCCAGCACUUUGUGUUUUGCUCAAGAUUCCAGCAUCAGCAGUUCCUUGUGUCCAUGUUCUGUGACCCAUUGUCUCUGGGAAGUGUGAGAGAGUCUUACUUGACAUCUCCAAAGAUCUGCAAUGUCUUCACAAUGGGCGGCACGCUGGCGCAGCGGUAGAGUUGUUGCUUGAUAGCGCCGGAGACCCACGUUCGUUCCUGGCUGCGGGCGCUGUCUGUGUGGAGUUUGUACGUUCUCCCCGUGACCACGUGGGGUUUUCCCCAGGUCCUCCAAUUUCCUCCCACAAUCCAAAGACAUACGUACAUGUUUGUCUGUUAAUUGGGUUCGCUAAAGAUUGUAAAUUGUCCCUAGUGUGUGUAGGAUAGUGCUGAUGUACGGGGAUCGCUGGUCGGCGUGGACUCGGGCCUAUUUCCGCGCUGAAUCUUCUAAACUAAACUAAGAACCAUCCCAUUCCUCAAUGACAGUGUGCUUAAUGUCAGGAAAGAUAAGGACACAUUAAUUCCCUGGGCGGAGACUGUUGAACAUGAACUCAAAACCAUUCCCUUCAAUUCAUUUCUGUUCUCCUUUAAUAAUCUUCAUUUUCCUCCAGUGCCUUGUGAAGUUUAUGUGUAAUAUUUUCGCAAUAAGAUUAUUUCUGUUCUCAUUCUGUGUUGUUCUAUCCUGGUAGCACUACAAUAUAAGAUAAGUUCGGCAUGUCGAGUGAAGAUGAGUUGGCCCAAAGUGUUUCUGAUUGUUCUAUUGACUCUGACUCCGACAGCUCCGAAGAAGAAACAAUCUAUGACACCAUCAGGGCCACAGCAGCGCAGGCCAACGCAAGGAUGGAAGACUCGCAGAGCAACAGCCUGGUCAUCAGAGUCCUCAUCCCCGACUUGCAGCAAACGAAGUGUAUGCGGUUUGACCCGGAUGCCACGGUGUGGGUGGCCAAGCAACGCAUCCUCUGCACCCUCAACCACAGCCUGAAGGACGUGCUGAAUUACGGCCUCUUCCAACCAGCCAGCAAUGGACGGGACGGCAAGUUUUUGGACGAGGAGCGGCUGCUGAAAGAAUACCCCCAGCCCGUCAACAAAGGGGUUCCCUGUCUGGAGUUUUGCUACAAAAAAAGGGUGUACAAGCAAGCCCACGUUGAUGAGAAACAGAUUUCAAAGCUUCAUACCAAGGCCAAUCUUAGGAAAUUAAUGGAUCACGUUCAGCAUGGCGUCAUGGAGAAAAUCACAAAGAUGCUGGACCGUGGGUUGGAUCCCAACUACUACGACUCCGAGACUGGAGAAACUCCGCUGACUUUGGCCGCCCAACUCGAGGCUCCUGUGGAUGUCAUCAAGGCCUUGCGUAACGGAGGUGCCCACUUGGACUUCAGAGGCAAGGAUGGGGUGACAGCUUUACACAAGGCUGCCCGGGCCAAGAACCACACGGCACUCAUGACACUGCUGGAGCUGGGAGCGUCGACCGACUACAAGGACAGCCGUGGUCUGACUCCCCUCUACCACACGGUGAUGGUGGGAGGAGAUCCUUACUGCUGCGAGCUGCUGCUUUACGAACAUGCCUUCAUCAGCUGUCAAGAUGAAAAUGGAUGGCAGGAAAUCCACCAGGCAUGUCGUUACGGUCAUGUUCAGCACGUGGAACAUCUUCUCUUCUACGGGGCCGAUAUGGAGGCACAGAACGCCUCGGGCAACACCGCACUCCACGUCUGCGCCCUUUACAACCAGGAGAGCUGUGCACGGGUUCUGUUGUUUCGUGGGACCAACAAAGAAGUGAAGAAUUACAACAGUCAGACUCCAUUUCAAGUGGCCAUAAUAGCAGGGAACUUUGAACUGGCUGAAUUUAUCAAGAACCACAAACAGACAGAUAUUGUGCCGUUCCGGGAGGCACCGACCUACUCCAGCCGGCGGCGGGGGCCUCCGAGCACGCUGUCGGCACCGCGUGUCCUCCUGCGCUCCAACAGCGACAACAACCUGAACGUGAAUGACAUCCCCGAGUGGAGCGGCAACCAGCCUGCCACGCCGCACCGCAGCCUCUCCCCGCAGUUACUGCAGCAGAUGCAGAGCAAUCCCAACGGCACGUUGAAGAGCGGCACUGGCACCCACGGCUCGCGCAGUCGGUCGCCCUCCCUCAACCGCAUCGGCGAGGAGAUCCAGAGGCCACAGCACCGGCAGAUCAGUCCGGCUGUAAUUAAGGAAGUUCCUCCGGGAUUGGAAGGCCAAGGGUCUAAACGCAAGCUCUACAGCGCCGUCCCUGGCCGCCAGUUCAUCGUGUUGAGGUCCUACCAGCCUCAAGGCGAAGGGGAGAUUCCGCUCAACAAAGGAGAUAGGGUGAAAGUUCUGAGCAUUGGGGAAGGCGGAUUCUGGGAAGGCAGUGCUCGAGGAAGGAUCGGAUGGUUUCCCGCGGAAUGUGUGGAGGAAAUCCCGGCAAACGAAGCCAAACCAGAAACACGUCCAGACAGAGCGAAAAAGUUAUUCAGACAUUACACGGUUGGAUCGUACGACAGUUUUGACGCUGUCAGCGACUGCAUCAUCGAGGAGAAGACUGUUGUCCUGCAGAAGAAAGACAAUGAGGGUUUUGGAUUCGUCCUCCGCGGGGCGAAAGCUGACACUCCAAUUGAGGAAUUCACUCCAACACCGGCCUUUCCUGCUCUGCAGUACUUGGAGUCGGUGGAUGAAGGCGGAGUGGCCUGGCAGGCAGGACUGAGAACGGGAGACUUCCUCAUUGAGGUGAACAAUGAGAAUGUGGUGAAGGUUGGCCACAGACAAGUCGUGAACAUGAUUCGUCAGGGAGGGAACCACUUGGUGUUAAAAGUCGUCACCGUAAGCCGAAAUCUCGACCCAGAAGAUACUGCUCGAAAGAAAGCUCCUCCACCUCCAAAGCGGGCCCCAACCACGGCACUGUCACUGCGCUCCAAGUCCAUGACGUCAGAACUCGAAGACCUAGAUCUCGAUCCAUCUCAUUUAGAGGGUUUGAAGAGAAGGACUGCGUUUCAAACGACACUAAACAAGCUGGAUGAAAUCGUGUCGAACCCCAAACAGUCACGGGCUGCGGAGAAUGCAACGGUCGAUUCGCGGGUCGCAACGAUCAAACAGCGGCCUUCCAGUAGGUGCUUUCCUACCACAGCAGAUGCAAACUCGAUCUACGACCGGCAAGGUAUCGCUGUCAUGCCCCCUACAGUCCCGGGGAGCCAUAACAGCUCCUACCUAGAGAUCCCGCGUGGAACGAUGCGGAGACAGAAAUCCAUAGGUAUGUUAGAAGAAGAGAAACAAUUUUUAGCUCCUCCGUUACUGAAAUUUACCAGGAGUUUGUCCAUGCCCGACACUGCUGAAGAUAUCCCACCUCCGCCAUCAGUCUCCCCUCCUUCGCCACCUUAUAACACGCCCAAGCCAACCGCGCCAAGGAGUUAUGGAACGAUAAAAGCUGGCUUCAAUCAUAACUCCGGGUUGAGAAGCCAUAACUCGAACAGACCGGAGAGCACGGGGGGGAUUCUUUCGGAGCGGCAGAAGAAGGCAAUGUAUUACCGACAAGAUUCCCAGCAGUAUUCCGUGGACUCUGAAGACCAGUACAAGCCAAACACCUCGCACCAGACUAUGAGGAGCAGGAGGGGAAACAUGCCCGAGAAUCCCUACUCGGACGUCGGCAACGCCGGCAACAAGGCGGUGUAUGUCCCCGCCAAGCCGGCCCGACGGAAAGGCCAGCUGGUGAAGCAGUCUAAAGUGGAGGACAGCCCGGAGAAGACGUGCUCCAUCCCCAUCCCCACCAUCAUCGUCAAGGAGCCGUCGACCAGCAGCAGCGGCAAGAGCAGCCAAGGGAGCAGCAUGGAGAUCGACACCCAGGGCACCGACCGACUCCGGCCCGACGACGGCUUCGGCAACCCGUUCGCGGCGGCCAUCGCCGGGGCGGUGAGGGACCGGGAGAAGAGGAUCGAGGCCAAGCGCCACUCGCCCGCCUUCCUCUCCACCGACCUGGGCGACGAGGACGUGGUCCUGGUGCCCAGCGCCCGCCUCAGGCACUCCAAGUCCAUCGACGAGGGCGUCAUGUUCGGCAGCGAGGAGCGCUACAGUCACCUCAUGGUCCCCUUGUCCAAAGCCAGCGGAGGAGGAGGAGGAGGAGAUGCCAGCGGGACCCUGCGAAGCCACGGCUUCAGCGCCAGGAUCUUGAACGUCGCCUCCAAAAAGGAGGACAUCGAGUGCAACGGCAGGUCGGCCACCAGCACCAACACCGCACCCGCCAUCACCAAAGCCUACGGCGCGCCCAACAUCUCCAACAACAGUAGUGGUGGGAGUUACGUCCAUCCAGUGACGGGCAAGGUGUUGGACUGUAACGCCCCGCUGGCCAUAGCGCUGGCGGCCAGGGGCAGGGCGGUCAAAGACCAACCCACCACCCAGAACUCUGGCAAAGCCGAGCAGGGCAGGAGCGAGAUGGCCAAACCCUUGUACGUCGACACCAAGACCAGGGCCAACGCGGAGACAUGUCUGACCGCGGUCAAAGCCAACCCACCCACACCGGCGCCUCCCCCCUCCUCCCCUUCUGCUUCUUCAUCAUCACCAUUGUCCGCCCUGGCCGGGCCGGGGAAGGAGAACCAUCGCAAGGCGGAGGCCGAGGCACAAGGUGGAGGCAAGGUGGAAGAGGACGAGAAGAUGAAGAUGAUGACGGUGAUGAAGAAGAAGAAGAAGAAGGAGGAGGAUGAGGAGGAGGCGGCGGGGCUGCUGAUGGUUCACCCAGAGCCGGGCUCGGAGGCGGACGGCGGCCGGAGCGCGGGGGAACCGGCGGGCAACCAGGCCUCGCCCAACACGGUCGCCUCGGGUCAACAGAGAGCCUCGGAGAUCCCCGCCGACGGCAGGAAGCCCCCCGCCAUCGCCAAGACCAUCAUCACCGUCAGCUCGGUGGAAGACGCUGGAGUCUUGCCCUUCCGCAUUCCCCCGCCGCCGCUGGCUUCCAUAGACGUGGAGGAAGACCUCUUCCUCUUCUCCGAGCCCCUGCCCCCGCCCUUGGAGUUCGCCAACAGCUUCGAGAGCACCGAGGACCCUCCGGCUGCCCCCUCCCUGUCCGACCUGCUGAGGCAGAACAAGGCUGCGGUCCCCCUGCAGGUCAGGAAGGAAGGUGGCGUUAGUGGCAUUGUUGACGUGGGUGGUGGGACCACCUCCUCUCCAGCUCCUCUGAAGACCCCCGGGCCUCCCGACCCUCCUCUUCCCGCCGGCUGUCCGCCCGGCCGGCGAGAGGCCGCCGACAGCGUGGUCGAUUCGGGCAUCGAGGAGGUGGACAGCCGCAGCAACAGCGACCACCACCUGGAGACCACCAGCACUAUCUCCACCGUCUCCAGCAUCUCCACCCUCUCCUCGGAGGCUGGGGACAACCUCGACACCUGCACGGUCUACGCGGAUGGCCAGACGUUCCUGAUUGACAAGCCCCCUGUGCCCCCCAAGCCCAAAGUCAAGCCCAUUAUCAACAAAAACAACGCCAUCUACAAGGAUGCUUUGAUAGAGGAGAACUUCGACGGCCUGUUCAUGCCACCUCCUGCACCACCACCUCCCCCUGGCGUUGUCCCACCUGAAGCACUUAAAUCCCCACAGCAGAGGACCUCCAAGCUCUGGGGAGAUGGGCCCGAUGUGAAAGUCCCUGCGGUGACUGAUGCAAAGGCAAAUGUCAUUAGUGAAUUGAACUCGAUACUGCAGCAAAUGAACAAGGAAAAGAUGCCCAAACCAACAGAGGCCUUGGAUUCUCCUUCUGCUGCCAGAGGAGUGCUUUAUGGAACAAGGGCAGCCGACGGAGCAGUGAGCACCGGCCCGGGCUUGCAACGCAACGCCACCGUCACCUUCACCAUCCGCCCGGGCAGCAGCCAACCCAUCACCGUGCAGAACCGGACGUCGGACUUUGACAGCAUGACCAUUUUGAAACGGGCCCCGAGUCCUGUGGGCUCUCCCACGGACGCUGGUCAAGCUGCCCGGCCGACCUCCUCUCUGCCCGCCUCCGCCCUGUCGCCCACGCUCACCGACGGCUUCGGCUUCCAGAGCCCACCCAUCCCGGGAGAAGGACACUUCGGCGGGCAGCCGGUUCGCAGUCGGUCCCCUUCCCCGGCCACGCUACAGCAGCCGGCCUCCAACAAACCAUUCGCAUCCAAGGGCGUCCCACUUUGGACUAAGCACGACGUGGCGGACUGGCUGGACACGUUGAACCUCGGAGAACACAAGGACGCUUUUUUAGACAAUGAAAUAGACGGGACCCACUUACCCUCGCUCCAGAAGGAGGACUUAAUCGACCUAGGCGUGACGAGAGUUGGACAUCGAAUGAAUAUAGAACGGGCUUUAAAACAGCUCCUGUCGGACAGGUAGACAGAUGCUUUACAAAGUUACUCAAAUAUCUCUCAUUAUUUUUGACAGCAGCCGACACUCGCCGUAAAUGGCUGGGAUAUAAUGUGCCAUUGGACUAUUUUUUGAACAGAGAGAAAAAAAAAAGCUCAGCAUGGACAUAUUUUCCGACGAAAGCCGCUGGUACCUUUAUAAGCACAACAGGCUGUCAGUAUCAGUGGGCCGCCACUGUUUCUCUGCCACUGGCGUGCUGGGUUGAGUACAAAACGAGCGAGCGAAGACCCCUUUUCGCGAUGUAAAUACACUACAGCAUAAUAAUAAUCUAUAUUUUGAACAAUGAUCUUUUAAUAUUGACCUCACUUGGACAGGUGUCGCUAUGAUACUGUAGUCAAACCAGCAGAGCUGUGUUAUAUACUUUCUAUCUUUGCUAGUACAAUAUUUCUCCACGUGGAUGACAUUAAUGUAGACUAUGUGCAGCAGAACCGUUCAACUCCUCUCCAUGCCCCACUCCCCCCCGUCCCCCUUCGGACAAGGAGCAAUGCGGACUCAUUUUUCUGUUUCUGUUUCUGCUGAGCAGUCUAGCCAUUCCCGGUGUAUGUGAUAAGCGUCGGUCCAGUUCUUUCCUUAAGAGUUUUUUUAAAAUGCAGGUUUGUUUCUCGUGUUUUUUUUAACUUUCACUUUCACUUCCCGAGCUGUGGUCGACAGCUCCUCCUGGGAGAGGUGUUGAAACUAACCAUUUAACGUCUUCCACUUGUGAUUCACCACCAUCGGUUACCGAGAGGAAUUGGAUGGAUAGGGCUUCGGGAAUGGGGGCUGUAAUAUGUGCAUUCAGUUUCACAGCUUCAGUUCUGGAGCUGGGAGGAGGGAG